AUGCAGGACAAAAGCAUUCAAGCGCAUGCUAGGGUGCGACCUCACGUCGUCGACGACGGACAUUUCAACCCAGCGCAUCUCUCUGUCUCUUCAAAUACCAUCAGCACUCUGAACUCCGCUGGAUCCAGCCUUGUUACAUUCUCAGUACAGCAUGUCCUAUCGGGUCAAAACGCGACGGUCGUAGCGUUCGGCGUUACGGGCAGUGGCAAGACUUUCGUGUGUCGCAAGUUCCCGAGAGAUGAGCCAGCUGAUGUUUUGAAGACUAUGCAAGGUACAUCCGAAGAGCCCGGAAUCAUACCACAGGUCGUAGAGAGCAUACUGGGCGACAGCGCUGGUAGCUCGGGUCGGAAUGUCGAUGUCUCCGUUACGUAUCUUAUUCCUGGUCUUACCGUCUUACCCAUCGGGUCGAUGGGAGACUUUGACGCCGUAUACCAAGUCGCAAAUGCACGACGGAAAACCGCGUCCACAAAGCUCAACAGUCAAUCCUCACGUUCUCAUGCUAUCCUCUCCAUACAUGUUGAGAUCCGGGACGAAAAGACUCAUUCAACGGCGAAAGGGAAAAUCAUGACUCGCACUGACCCGUGGUUAUGCGACCUUGCUGGAUCGGAGAACAACCGAUUGACGGGAAACGAUAAGGAGCGCAUGGCAGAGAGCAAAGCGAUCAACACCUCAUUAUCACAUCUUGGAAGAAUAGUGGAUCAGAUAUUAGCCGGCCAAAAGCCAAGUUUUCGGACUUGCAAGCUCACUAGGCUCAUGCAAGACUCUCUGGGAGGAACUUCACGAUGUCUGAUGAUCUGUUGCGUGGCUCCCGGGGAGAAAUACCGAGCCGGUACAUUCAACACCUUACAGUUCGGUGAUCGUAGCAAGAAGAUCAAGGACAGAAUUUACAUAGACAUACCAGACUCGAGCAAAGAAGAUCCCAUCACCACCCAAUGCCCUAGACCUAGAGCGUCGUUGCCAAUCCGAGGGCCAAGUUCUGUCCGAGCAACUUCGUCAUCCAUGCGUAGGGUGUCGUUGCCGGCGCGUACUGUGUCUGUCACCAGCCGUACAUCUAUUGGGGCGACACGGGUGCCUCUUAGUGUACUGUCAAAUAAUGCUCGCCCCAUGGUCAAGAAUGAUGGACCUGUCAAACCGUCGGGACUGACAGAGGACGACGUAAAGCGAAUUGUCUUGGAACUUCAAUCAAAGACUGAAAGUGAGGCCGAAUUGACUCACUCCGAAACGCUUAGUUCCAUGCCGUUUGUGAAAGAAAAUGCUACCUCCCUCACGGAGGAACAAAAGCAAGAUCGAUUCCGCGUUUUGGUCGACUUUGCCAGGGACCAUCACGAAAAACGAGACUUGGUGACGACCUUGGCAGCGUAUCGGGAGGCAUUAGUGUACCAACCGGAAAAUGAGAGGAUCCGUGAUCGUGUCACAGAAUUAGAGAUGGUCGUGGAGGGAAAGAUCCCUUUCCGCACUCCGUCACGAUGGCGAAAACGAUCCGCUCCUCAUGCCCUCGACGGGGCUCCCGUGAGGUCCAAGCUGAGACUUUUGACCCUGCCGGAGUCUGGCGAGGCCAGUUCGAGUACCCCAAGCUCUGGUGUCCGUCUGGUACAUAUGUUACUGGAUUCUUGGUUUGAUUUCCACUUCUUACUUCUCACACGUUAUUUGGCAACUGAAAUAAUCAAAUUCAUACCGCUUAAGAUGACGAAACACCUUCUUAACCUCGAGACUGUCCUCACGAAGGACUUUGAUGAUUCUCUCGUGAGAUUGAUGGACUCAUACUCUGUUCCAGGGGUUGUACUGAGCCUUGUUCGUCUUCCCAAAUCAGGACAACUAGCCUCCUCGACGGACCUCACAGACACUCUCAUCCGCUGUUACGGUGAGGCUUCUCCCGGAUUGCCCGUCACUGACUCGACCAGAUUCCCACUAUGUUCCCUGACCAAAUUGUUCACAUCCAUCAUUGCAGCGGAAGAGUUUACGACCACCGAAACUCCUAAAGGGCUUGACACAAAGGUCAAGGAGCUCAUCCCGGACUUCAAGUUUGCCACACCCGGGGCGGAUGAGGUGACGGUACGGAACUUGUUGUGUCAUCGAUCAGGUAUGCCAGGAUGGAACAUGGGGUAUCAUGAGAAAUAUUGGGAGAUGGAUAUGGUAGAACGCUUGGCCCAUCUACCCGCUACUCAUAAAUCAGGAAAAGCGUUUCAAUACAGUAACGCAGGAUACGACCUCCUUCCGACCUUGAUAACCAAAGUGUCUUUUUCUACUCGCGAUACCUACCCCUCUUUGGUAUCGUCCUUUGUGUCAAAAAUAGGAAUGACAUCUACAUCCUACACUUCCAGUUCGACGGAUGCUGCAGCUCAAUACAGUCCUACUGGUACUCCUGAACCUCUUACCUGUCCUCUUCCACUCGUCACUUCAUAUGGUGGUUUCGGUCUUUUCUCAUCUGCAAGAGAUAUGUCACUAUGGCUUAAAUAUCUCUCCACUUCUAAAAGGUUCGAAGAAGCUUGCGUACCGCAAAUGGACGCUUUUUUCCCACUUGUAUUCGCCUUCCCUUGGUUGGACAAUAUGAAAUAUGGGAUGGGUAUGUGGACCUGUUCACAUCGAGGUGUCAAAAUGUUAUUACAUGUUGGUUUAGGUGCUGGAUAUCGAACUGGUUUGGUAAUGCUUCCUGAUUAUGAAAUAGGAUGGUGGAUGGCUUGUAAUGCUGAAGAGGGAAAUGCUGUGAUGGGUUGGACUAUGAUGAGGUUGGUGGAAAUUAUCGCUGGACUUGAAAAGGAGGAUUGGGUGGGAAGACUCCAAACACUCUACCCACCACCCUCACUCACCCCUCCCAUCUCCGAUCCUCCAAUCCUUUCCCCAAGUGCAGCUAUAGGAACUUUCACUCACCCUUCCCUGCCAGUAAUGAGCUUUGACAAAACCUCCACAUUCGCCUCGAUACCACAAAUGACCGCUCUCCCAUGGCUCCCAUUAUUGUACGGUACCAUGCGUCCUAUUCUCUUCCCACUCACCCCUGACCUUUUGCCCGUCUCUUCGCUGAAAUUAGCGUCCGAUACGACCUCAAACGAGCCCGAAACCGAGGAAGCUGGAACGCUCUGGGGAGCAUGUUGGGAAUUCGUACCCCAUCCCAUGACCCACCUUCAGACUUCUGGUAUCGAAACCAGGUUCGGUCGGAAGAAAGGAGUAGAGCAGGAAGGAGUAGUGGGCAAACGUUACGGUCAGCAAUUCUGCGUACGUAUACUCGAAUCUGGUCGGAUGAAGGUGUAUGGGUUCGCUGAUUUGGCUCCGGAUGAUAUGAUGACUUGUUCGGUGGAAUAUCGUUUGACUGUGGAAUAA